AUGGUUGACUUUGAAAGAAUUAAAAACGCAGAUUUCGAUAUCCACUUCCACCAAGACACUGACGAGAUCGAGGAGGAUGGUACCUUGAUCGUUAACAGACAGAAUGCUGCUAACUCUAAGUACCCAGAUUUCUUGCCAACUUGGAACCCAACUGAAAAAUAUCCCCCACUUAAAUUUUUCAAGCAUGAGGACCCUGGCUUGAGAGCUGAUCCUGAGUUGCGUAACCUUUUCCCUGAGGAUAAGGCCUUCAAGACCAAGAACAUCACCCCUAAGUUGGGUACUGAGGUUCACGGUAUUCAGUUGUCUGAGCUUAGCGAUGCUGCUAAGGAUGACUUGGCCCUUUACGUUGCCAAGAGAGGUGUUGUAGUCUUCAGAGACCAGGACUGGGCAUCCAAGGGUCCAAAGUUCAUUACUGACUUUGCCAGACAUUACGGUAGGUUGCACAUCCAUCCUACCUCUGGAGCACCCAAAGGUUUCCCUGAAUUACACAUUACUUACAGAAGAGCCGACCCUAAUGAAUUCGAGAGAACCUUCCAACACAAGAACAAUAAUGUCGACUGGCAUUCGGAUGUCUCUUAUGAACUUCAGCCAUCUGGUACUACUUUCUUCGCUGUCUUAGAAGGCCCAGAUGCCGGUGGUGAUACUAUCUUUGCCAACACUGUGGAAGCUUACAAAAGAUUGUCGCCUGAGUUCCAGCAAAGAUUGGAGGGAUUGCACGCUUUACACUCUUCUCUUAACCAAGCCCAAAACUCCGCUGGACACGGAGGUGUUCAAAGAAGAGAUCCUGUGGAGCAUGUGCACCCAUUGAUUAGAGUUCACCCUGUCACCAAGGAGAAGCUUAUUUUUGUCAACAAGCCCUUCACCAGAAGAAUUGUUGAGUUAAAGCAAGAGGAAUCUGACCAUUUGUUGGACUUCUUGUAUCAUCACAUUGAGCUGGCUCAUGACUUGCAAUUGAGAGGCCGCUGGGAGCCAAACACUGUGGUUGUCUGGGACAACAGAAGCACAGUUCACUCUCCAGUUAUUGAUUGGGAUUCUCCAGUGUCUAGACAUGCUGUGAGAGUUACUCCUCAGGCUGAAAGGCCAGUGGCUGACUUGGCUGACUUGAACAAACCAGAGCCUAGUCUCGGUGAUGUUGAGGAGAGCCUUGAUAAGUUCUAG